UCAAGUCUGAACCAAUCACGUUGCUUCAUGUAGGGAGGCUGGCAGAGCUGUGACAUUCACUGUUCGCAUGCAAGUGUCAACUGUAUGUCGUUAAAUAUCUCAAAAUGAAUGUAAUACUGUCGUCUUUCUCCCGACUGAGGGGAAUAACUCACCUGAGCAACUUCCCUUCAUUGAACCUUGCAGUAACUGGCACCUCUCACCUUAGAUCAUUCAGCAACUGGAUUGUGCCCAGAACGGCUGGAACACCUCAGAUUUCCAGAUUUCUUGCGCCGCUUUCUCCACAAGCUGAGGGUUCAGGAGUGUUCCAGCAGCUUCCGUGGCAGUACCAGCAGGUCCGGACCAGAAAAAGAGGCACAGAGUAUCAGCCCAAGAACAUUAAACGCAAAAGAACCCACGGCUGGAUAAAGAGGCUCAGCUCACAGGGUGGCAUCGAAGUGCUUCUGCGGCGAAUGCUGAAGGGGCGGAAAUCACUCUCGCAUUAAAGGUUCCUUCUGGAAACCUAUAAGACUUUCAAGAAACAGACGUCUGUUCUGAAAUGCAGGAGGUGCUCAGCAUGCAGUGAAGAACUUAUGCAUGGAGAAACUGGGUGUGGCCUGACUGGCAGUCACACAGUGUGAGUAAUAAUGGAAGGAUAGAAUGGAUACUGCCAUUGUCUGAUGGGAUGGAUUUGCCUAGAGGAAAUUUUCCCCCACCCAACAUGAAGUUUUGGUUAGAACCAUUAAAUGUCAGCAAAUGUUUUUUUUUUGUGUGUGUGUGAAUUCAUUUGGGUCAAAGAGAAAAAGUGUCCAAUAAAAUGAUUUUGCAAAACCA